UUCAAAGACUCCUCUCAUUGCGCCCAGUCGCCAUGUCUUUCAUCCUCAUGAAGAAGAAGAAGUUUAAAUUCAAAAUAGACUUCGACUUGGAGGAGCUGUCGUCGGUUCCUUUCGUAAACGGAGUUUUAUUUUGCAAAGUGAGACUCUUGGACGGAGGCUUUGCACAGGAGUCGUCUCGGGAGCCUGUCCAAGCCAACUGUGUGCACUGGAAGAAAAGGUUUUCUUUCAUUUGUAAGAUGAGUGCCAACGCAGGGACGGGGGUGCUGGACCCCUGCAUGUCCCGAGUGUCAGUACGAAAGGAACUCAAAGGGGGAAAAUCUUUUGCAAAGCUUGGAUUUGCCGACUUGAACUUAUCAGAGUUUGCUGGGUCUGGCAGCACUGUGCGACGGUGUCUGCUAGAGGGAUAUGACACCAAGAACACCAGACAAGACAACUCCAUUCUAAAGGUUGUUAUUCACACGCAACUAAUGUCUGGAGACCCCUGCUUCAAAACUCCGCCGUCUACAGCCAUGACUCUGGGAAUCCCACCAGCAGAGGCAGGGGGUCUGCUUGAGGAUAGAAAAGGAGGAGACUUUCGUACAUCACAUUCAGGCGCUGGAACCCCAGUAAAGUCGAGAUCAGUCCCAGAGGAGAUGAUUGCAUUGAGCCACUCCAGAACAUCCAGCUAUGCAAGUCAGCUCUCAAAAAUGUCAGGCUAUUGUUCAAGCUAUUCAAGCUCCACAGAUCUGAGCCACAGGCGGAAUAGUUCAGGAGGUUCUGCCUCCACAGGCAUCGGUAGCAUUGAGCCUGGUGAUCAGCAGGGGGAGAGAGGAGAGAAAGAAAACAGGACCACUCCCACGUCCACAGGCUCUCCUGCCUGUUAUUUUGCAUCUGAAAAACUCUCCCCGCCAAAUAGAGCUUACAGACCUCCAGUAAAACAGAACUCAGUGGAGAAUCAACUAAAGCGAGUCGAUGCCACGCGGGUGGACGCUGAUGAUAUAAUAGAGAAAAUCCUGCAGGGCCAGGAUUUCAGCCAUGGCUUCUUGGAUUCCAGUGCAGAGGAGGAGGGGCUCAGCUUGUUUGUUGGACCCGGUGGGAGCACAGCUUUGGGAAGCCAACACAUGAGGGACGUAACCGGAGCCUUCGAACAGGUGGUCAUCAAGCGGUAGGCUUUAGUAGGCAUGCGUCUUAAACAAGAGGGACUACUUCUCCGGGGAAAAGCAGCAGGGCUGAGUAAAGGAGGUGCCAACUGAACUUACUCCUAUCUGACUUCAGGAGAUUUUAUUUCUGUUAUGCAACAUUUCCCCACAUGACCUAUGCAGCAUCUGUUGGCCAUGAAAGCCCCCUGGUGUUCAAAAUGUGGAGCUGAAGGACAUUAGUGAAACUUUUUGUGCACUGAUCACUUUCUUUCAUCUUCAGACUGUCAGCAUUUAGCUCUUUGAAACUUGGAACUCAAAUGUCUCUCAAAUGUAUGUCUGCCCAUUCAGUAACUUUUGUUUCAUUUUAAAUGAAAGUGCCUCUGCACUGAGAGACCCAUAUGUAGCAUUAAGUGUUAUAUGUAGUAUUUUAAUU